GGACACGUACACGCUUGUUGAGAUCGUGCUUUAGUGCCCUUUUUUGUCGGUUUAAAUCGCAGGAAAAUACACACAGCUAACCGAAAAUGUGUGACGACGAUGUUGCCGCGCUUGUCGUAGACAAUGGUUCCGGAAUGUGUAAGGCCGGAUUUGCUGGGGAUGAUGCGCCACGUGCCGUCUUCCCGUCCAUCGUGGGUCGUCCACGUCACCAGGGUGUGAUGGUUGGAAUGGGUCAGAAGGACUCGUACGUCGGUGAUGAAGCUCAGAGCAAGCGAGGUAUCCUGACGCUGAAGUACCCGAUUGAACACGGUAUCAUCACGAACUGGGACGAUAUGGAGAAGAUCUGGCACCACACGUUCUACAACGAGCUGCGUGUGGCCCCUGAGGAACAUCCAGUGCUGCUGACGGAAGCUCCUCUGAACCCGAAGGCGAAUCGUGAGAAGAUGACUCAGAUCAUGUUCGAGACGUUCAACUCGCCCGCCAUGUAUGUCGCCAUCCAGGCCGUACUAUCGCUGUAUGCCUCAGGUCGUACUACUGGUAUUGUGCUCGAUUCUGGUGAUGGUGUCUCGCACACUGUCCCAAUCUAUGAAGGAUACGCUCUGCCACACGCCAUCCUGCGUCUGGAUCUGGCCGGUCGCGAUCUGACAGACUACCUGAUGAAGAUCCUCACCGAGCGCGGUUACUCUUUCACGACGACGGCUGAGCGGGAGAUCGUGCGUGAUAUCAAGGAAAAGCUGUGCUAUGUCGCGCUGGAUUUCGAACAGGAGAUGGCCACCGCUGCGGCCUCCACGGCGCUUGAGAAGUCGUACGAGCUACCUGACGGACAGGUCAUCACCAUCGGCAAUGAGCGCUUCCGUUGCCCGGAGUCACUAUUCCAGCCAUCCUUCUUGGGAAUGGAAUCGUGCGGUAUCCACGAAACCGUGUACAACUCGAUCAUGAAGUGCGAUGUGGACAUCCGUAAGGACCUGUACGCUAACAUUGUGAUGUCGGGCGGUACCACGAUGUACCCGGGUAUUGCCGAUCGCAUGCAGAAGGAGAUCACUGCUCUCGCACCGUCGACCAUCAAGAUCAAGAUCAUUGCCCCGCCUGAGCGCAAGUACUCCGUGUGGAUCGGUGGAUCCAUCCUGGCAUCGCUGUCCACCUUCCAACAGAUGUGGAUCUCGAAGCAGGAGUACGAUGAGUCUGGUCCUGGUAUCGUCCACCGCAAGUGCUUCUAAGGCGGAAGCUAGCAAAACCAACGGGUAACCCUAACCAUAGCGCUACACCAAAUACCCAAUCUCUGGCGCCCUCUGAGGGAUGAAGGGAUGGUCACUUAGCUUUAACAAGCGUGUACGGUGCAGGGCAAGAGUUCGUAGGCUCUCUCACCGUAUCAUCGACCUCACCUGAUGGCGGACUUCCCCGUACAAGAAUCUCAACUCUCCCAAUCGGUCAUGCCUGUACUGAUAACUGACUCUAACCCAGCGAAUCCAGCGCUAAUUCGAUCCCCCUUUCGGUAACUAAAUUUAAUUCCAUUCAGACUACCGUGUCUGUUGCAUCGUGAGGUUAAGCAUUUCUCAUCAACCGUGUGCCAAGCUGGUCGCAAAGGAUGCGACCAGUACGAAGACUGCCGCUUUAGCAUUGAUUGGCACCGUCAUCGAGGUGCGUUUGUUCUUUCGUUCUAAAUUCAGUUCAACUGUUACGUAUUAAUGCACGAAGAGUAGGAAAUUAUACUGUUACCUUAAUUUAUUGCGUUCUACUUACACGUAAGCCGUAAUGCCGCGAAAAUAAAUUGUUAUGCGAACGAG